AUGAAACCAAUGCCUGGAACAAAUUACACUUUGGUGACCAACUUCAUUCUUUUUGGACUCACAGAACACCUGGAAAUGCGACAAUUGCUCUUUGCAACGUUUUUAAUCAUCUAUAUUGCCACUCUGCUCGGGAAUCUUGGGAUGAUUUUAUUAAUUUGGGUUGUUCCCCAGUUGCAUACCCCCAUGUACUUCUUUAUUAGCAGCCUAUCCUUUUUAGAUGCCUGUUACUCCACUACCAUCACACCUAUAAUGCUGGUGACCUUUUUAGUGGAUAGGAAAACCAUAUCUUAUGCUUCCUGUAUCACACAAUAUUGUUUCUUCGCAAUAUUUGCCACAACUGAGUUCUUCCUAUUGGCUGCUAUGGCAUAUGAUCGCUAUGUGGCCAUCUGCAACCCUUUGCUCUACACUUCAGUGAUGACUAAGAGGCUUUGUAUCAGAUUGAUAGUUGGCUCAUAUCUAUGGGGAGUUGUGAACUCUAUGAUUCAAACUUGUGGUUUGUUAAGAUUGUCCUUUUGUGGCUCCAGCAGCAUCAAUCACUUUUUCUGUGAUGUCACCCAGCUUCUGAAACUGGCUUGCAAUGACGUAUCUAUGAAUGAGAUGCUGAUAUUCACUUUUGGCAGUUUGUUUGAGAUGAGCACCUUGCUGAUCAUUAUUACUUCUUAUAUAUUCAUUAUUACUGCAGUUCUGAGGAUUCACUCCACAGAAGGGAGGCAUAAAGCAUUUUCUACCUGUACAUCCCAUCUCACAGCAGUGGCCAUAUAUCAUGGAACUAUUCUUUUCAUGUACUUCCGGCCCACUUCUAGCUAUUCCCUUGACACUGACAAAACAGCAUCUGUGUUUUACACAGUAAUAAUACCCCUGUUGAAUCCAUUGAUCUACAGCCUGAGGAAUAAGGAUGUAAAAUAUGCCAUGAAAAAAGUCAUUAGCUAA